GGCCAGCGAGCAGGCCCGAGGAACGCGCGUUUGGCAGCAAGCGCAACAAGCGGUGAACGGACGAACGACAGGUGGACGAACGGCGGUGGACACUAACGGCGACCUCGAUGGACGGCUGCGGCGUGAACGACAACAGAGUGACGAACAGGAAGCACGUGGCUUCCGAGUUCUUCGACGGCUGCGACGAGUAGGGCAGGCGCGUGUGGGCGUACGCCCGAGUGGCUAGAGGAGCGACUACGGAACUGAGUCGUGCGCGUUCGACGUACACGUGUAUUUGUAGUUAGUCGGUGGUUGACACCGCGCUAGUUCAUCUAAAUAAAGUAGGUGUUGCUGCCAGUCGGGCACGCACCGGCGCAGUGUCUUACGCUUCGACACUGUCGGCCAUCCGGACUUUCGACCGCAUCAGCACGGUCGCGACCAAACCCCAAGCGUGUGGGGCACCAAACACGUUGCAUGGUGGUCAUACAGGGGUCUAGUGUACGUAUCCGACGCAGCCCUCGACUUACGAAGACACCCGAAGACGCUCAGAUGGCUCGGACGAAGGUCGUCAUGCAACCCACGACCCGUGCGACUCGGAAUCAGCCGGCUACUCAGACUCAGACGUCUGUUCCCGUGCCUACUGGAGGAUCGGAUCUGGCGCGACAAGACGGUCAGAACGCGAACGAGAACGAGGACGAAGAGAUGAAGGAGAACGAUCCGGGCGACGCAGACAACCCAAGCGACGAACGCAACGACCACGGCGCUGACGACACGCAGGACGCGCCACCCGACGAAGCGGCAACUAGCGGCAGCGGCGACGGCACAGCGAUGGCUCCCGUAGCGGCGCUGACCGCUGCACUGCAGCAGAUGGCAACGACGAUCGCAAGGAUUGAUGCGAGACUGGACCAGCUGAGCACCACAGUGGCCAACCCCGCGCCGUCCCCUGCGCCCGCGGACGCUGAUACGCAGACGGUGGGAACGACGAAUCCGUCGACACAGCAGGCACCGCCACCCGCCGCACCACGGGACCCCCCCCCAGCGGCUACAGCUCGGCAGGUGGCCUACCAGCCACGUGACGGCAACGACGACGAAGACGACAGCGAUGAUGACGACGACGACGGGUCUUCGAGCAGCUCCGACGACGACGACGAAUCUGACGACGGCCACGACGGUGGAGGACGCCGUGCCAGACGCCAACCCGUUACGAGGCCCGGUGAUCGAGACUUUCACCGCAACAGACGGCGAGCCAUUCGAGACUUGGACUUGCCAACCUUCUUACCGACACCACAGACAUCUGUGACGACGUGGAUCGCGCGCGUUGACCUGGCACUCGAAGGAGCACGACUAUCAGGACGGGGCGAAUGGACUGAUCAAGAACUGUAUUACAUCUUAGGCAAUAAGCUACAGGACAGCGCUGCCCGCUGGUGGGUCCAGCUGGAUCGUAAACUACGCGACCGUGAGCGAACGUGGACGAAGUUGAAGUCGUCAUUGCUGCGACGAUAUGGUGAGCGCCCGGAUAAAGCAAUGGCCGAGUGGCGUGUCGGCCAACGUAGGAUGAUGCCUGGAGAGACGUGCGCGGACUUUGCUGCUGCCCUUCGCGAUCUGUGUGGCAACAACCGAAUCCGGGAACGUGUGCUGCUCGCACAGGUCUACCGCAGUCUGGAUCGCACGACGAUAGUUCUCGUGAAGCAGCGUCCGAACCCGACGACACUGGAAGAAGCUGUGGACAAAGCAACGGAAAUUAGCGACCCAAUCGAUAACGUGGCGCAAGGCAUGGAAAACAUCGGACAAGCGUUCGUCACCGCACCCGAUACGUACGUCGUACCGGUGAAUGGGACUACUGGGCAGAUGGCGCUGAUCCCUGGCGUCGGGAGCACCAACAUGGCGGAAGAAGAGAAGUUGGCGUGCUUCACGAACUCGCGCGGCGUGUACAACAAGUACCUCGGGCUGUGGGAGGCACCGAAGGGACGUGUCUGGAACGGACACAUGUGGGCACCCGUACUGCGAAAACUAGUGAGACGGGCUGUCGCGGCUCAAUUGGACGAAGAGCUCUCGGCUCGCGAUGAGGGGCGAGCAGAGCGGUACGUGUGCACAGUGCGUCCAGCAAUGGCAGCGCUGCGUUACGUGCACAAGACGGAUGGAGAAGGCGGCGGCGUCGCGACGGUGAAGGAUUCGACGCCAACGGCGACAGCCACCCCUGCUCGUUUCGAGGAGGUGGCAGCCUCUGAGGAAGGCGGCAAGGCGGCAAAGCGGCAUACGGCGUGCAGUUCGCUGAGGAAGGCGCCGCAGAGACGACGGUGGCGAGCGUGA